CGCGUCGCUCCUCUUGAUGCCAAGCUCUAACUUCCCAAGCUGCUGACGUCAGCUGUCAGCCUGGGCUGUACUCGCCGCUCCGGACAUAGCGCCGAGGAAAAUGCUGCUCUCCGUACCGCCAAGGGCAGGGAUCAAUCCAUACAACGGCUAUAACAACAGAAACAGCAAAAAGCAGGCGUAUGUGUCCUCCGGCCACCAGAUGGCGCCCCCCAGUCCCAACACCAACAGUAACAGCAGUGUCGGGGGAGGGGAACAGCUAAGUAAAACAAACCUGUACAUUCGUGGUCUUCACCCCGGGACCACAGACCAGGACCUGGUCAAGCUAUGCCAGCCGUAUGGGAAGAUUGUGUCCACUAAAGCCAUCCUGGACAAAACCACCAACAAGUGCAAAGGCUAUGGUUUCGUGGACUUUGAUAGCCCAGCAGCAGCCCAGAAAGCUGUAACUGCUCUAAAGUCAAGUGGAGUCCAGGCUCAGAUGGCUAAGCAACAAGAGCAGGACCCCACCAACCUUUACAUCUCCAACCUGCCUGUGUCCAUGGACGAGCAGGAGCUGGAGAACAUGCUCAAGUCCUUCGGCCAAGUCAUCUCCACACGCAUCCUACGCGAUGCCAAUGGGACUAGUCGUGGUGUGGGUUUUGCCAGGAUGGAGUCCACAGAAAAGUGUGAAGCCAUUAUUCAACAUUUCAAUGGCAAAUUCAUUAAGACUCUCCCAGGAGUCCCAGUGCCUCCAGAGCCAUUAUUGUGCAAGUUUGCAGAUGGGGGACAGAAAAAGAGACAGAACCAGGGGAAGUACCUUCAGAAUGGCAGGCCUUGGGCCAGGGAUGGAGAGACGGGAGGGAUGACACUAGCCUAUGAUCCCACAGCCUUACAGAAUGGGUUUUAUUCAUCUCCUUACAGUCUGACCCCAAACCGGAUGAUGGCCCAGACGUCCCUCUCUCCCUAUAUGCAUUCACCUAUCUCAUCCUACCAGGUACAUAGUCCCUCCUGGAUGCCCCACCAGUCGUACCUCAUGCAGCCUGCAGGCGCAGUCCUAACUCCAACCAUGGACCAUGCCAUGUCCAUCCAGCCCACCUCUAUGAUGGGCCCCAUGACCCAGCAGCUCAGCCAUCUAUCCCUGGGCAGCACGGGCACGUAUAUACCUGCCAACACAACUAUACAGGGGACAUACAUCCCCCAGUACCAACCAGUGCCUCCCUCCAGUCUCCCUGUGGAGGAAAACGGAGGACAACAGCAACAGGUUGCUAUGGAGACACCCACAGAACACACAAACUACGCCUACCAGCACACCAAGUGAAGCUGAGCUCAUGGUCAGGAGGCCAUGUUGUGGCCUGAACCACAAAGGGGUUCUCUGCAGGAAGAUAACAGAGCUCUGCACAGCAACAACAGUAAGCACCAGACUGGAACAUGGAUGACAAAAGGAACACGUCGCGUGUGUGCUUUGAAAAAAAGACAACACUUUUCUGGACCCUUUCUCUCUUUUCUUCAAGAGUUGAUCAACCAAAAGUGGGAGCCUUCCCCAAUGGAAGCUCGGAUCUUUUCGAUAUCUGAAAAGAGAAAAGAAACAAAAAGGUUGAAAAACAGAAACUAAGUAAGGGGGGAAAGACACAGAGUGUUAUUUUUGUGCACGUAAUAAAUCCUUUUUUUCCCUUUUUUAAGCAUUCUGGAGUUUCAGAAUGAUACACGGAAAAAGUUUCAACACAGUGUCUUUUUUGUAUGUUUAAAAUAUGCAAGCUUUUGUUUGGAUUUUUUAUGUCGUUUUUUUACAUUCUUUUCACAGCAGUUGUACAGAUGAGAAAAUAUGUUUGUUUAAUGUUUGUAUUGUAGGCUUGAUACGUUUAAGUACGUAAAACAAACCGUUUAAAGCUACUUCUUCCUAAAACAAUGUAAGGCAAAGUUCAGUUAGUUCAUUGGUAAAGCAGAUGAUUCCAUUCAUUAUUUAUAGAUUAUUUAAAAUCAAAUUUAAACUGUAUAAAUCAUUCCCUUAUAAACACAGAGUCUGUGCUGAGCUAAGGACAAUCAUGAAAAUUCUUAUUUAUAUGUACAUCAUAGUUUUAUGUUUAAAUAUUUGAAAAUAUUCAAACAUGCCAGUUGUGCAUUGUGUAUAAUUUUGUGAAAUUAUUUAACCAGUCUGGUUAAAGCCAACCACUAGCAAUAACCAUAUGUUCACUUAUACAUACAGUGGGGAAAGAAGUAUUUGAUACACUGCCGAUUUUGCAGGUUUUCCUACUUACAAAACAUGUAG